AUGCCUCCUAAGAAAGGCGUCGACUCGCCCAUGAGCGCCUUCGAGCGCAGGCGACAAGAGAACAUGGCGUCAAACCAGAAGAUUCUAGCCGAUGUCGCCGUAGUCGCUAAGAAGGUCAUGCCGACACCCCAGAAGAAGUCAACGCCAACCCGAUCGAAGACCCGGACUCCUGCAAAACGGGAACCUGCAAUGCCGACUCGGCAGUCCUCACGACUCGCUGGUCUCGAUGCAGACAAUGAUACCCUGAAGCGAAAACUAGCGGUUGAAGCCGAACAUGUCGCAGCGGAGGCGAAGGCUAAAAGGUUGAGAGUGAAUGGAGACCUAAAACUCGGCGAUAUUGCUGUCGAGGGUAAGAAGUAUCUCGCUGGUGUGGACGGGUUCAAGGGCCUUGUCCGUGGUGCGCAGCCCGGAGUCCGAACGUUCACGGAGGAAGAUAUUAAGGAAACUACCGACAAGGAUUUGAAGGAGCUGCGAAAGCGUAUGGGUGGUUUGAAGUUAUACGAGCACUGGGCCCCCAAUGACAUCAAGAUCACACCCCAACGAGUCUAUGCUCUCGGCCUUCAUCCCACCGAAUCGAAGCCCCUUAUCUUUGCUGGCGACAAAGAAGGUAACAUGGGCGUAUUUGACGCUUCGCAGUCUGCUCCUGAAAUAAGCGAUGAAGACGAAGAUGCGUCUGUGCCUGAUCCUGUCAUUUCUGCGUUCAAGAUACACAGUCGCACGAUUACUUCAUUCGUUUUCUCUCAGCAGGAUAGCAACUCUGUUUACACGUCUUCAUACGACUCGUCAAUUCGGCGACUGGACUUGAACAAAGGAGAGUCAUACCAGGCAUGGGCGCCAUCGGACCACAAUGAGGAUCUGCCCAUAUCAGCUCUUGACAUGGCAGAGUCGAACCCUCAUAUGCUGUACUUCUCUACACUAGAAGGCGGCGUCGGUCAGUACGACACUCGAACCUCCGAUGACGCCGAAAUUUGGACACUUUCGGACCAGAAGAUUGGUGGAUUCUCUUUGCAUCCGCUCCAACCUCACUUGCUCGCGACUGCAUCAUUAGACCGCACACUUAAGAUUUGGGAUCUUCGCAAGAUCACUGGUAAGGGGGAUCUGAGACACCCUGCCCUCCUUGGAGAACAUGGCUCGAGGCUGUCUGUAUCGCACGCAUCUUGGAGCCCUGGCGGCCAUAUUGCUACUAGCUCUUAUGACGAUACUAUCAAGAUCUACAACUUCCCUGACGCUUCGUCUUGGAAGCCGGGCCAGGACGUUAACAUUGAACCUACCCAUCAAGUACGCCACAACAAUCAGACUGGUCGUUGGGUGACUAUUCUGAAGCCUCAAUGGCAGAAGCGGCCUCAUGAUGGAAUUCAGAAGUUUGUCAUUGGUAACAUGAAUCGUUUUGUGGAUGUUUUUGCCUCAGACGGCAGCCAACUGGCUCAGCUUGAUGGGGAGGGUAUCACUGCAGUACCAGCCGUCGCACACUUCCACCCGUCUCGCGAUUGGGUCGCUGGUGCAACAUCCAGUGGAAAGCUUUGUUUUUGGCAGUGA